CUGGUUGUUGAAAGGCCACGGCUGUUGCCGCAGCGCUGCGCUUGUGUAUAUAGUGGAAGGUCAAAUUAGUGUGAAAUUUUCGAUUUCAGUAAUUUAAAGAUGAUCGGCACUUUAAUUAGAACAGCCGUCGUCCGAUCGGCCCGAUCCCGCAUCGUUCCUGUGACUCGCACGAGCAUAAGACAGAGCGGCGACCACGGCAAGUGGUACUACCGUCAGGGAGUCGAGCCUGAUCCGCUGGACGUUAAGAUGGCGGAAGUCAUCAUGGGUGUGGCAUGGUGGUGGUUCUUCUACCAUGUGUUCACGGACUACGAACACAUCACGGGUCACUUCCUUCGGCCACCGGCGAGCACGUUCACGGACGCAGAGCUUGGCAUCCCUCCGGAUGACGAUGCAUAGACUGCCGCCUCUGCCUUUGGUUUUUCUCCCACCAACAGCUGCACCAGUUGACGACAUAGAACAGGAUUAAAAACUAUUGUUUCAAUGUUCCAA